UUUUCCCUUCCUCCAUUUCUUCUCAGCUUUCCUUCUUCCUCGGUCGCUUUUGGUGUCUGUCCGUCCUCCUCCUCCUCCUCCUCCUCCUCCUCCUCCUUCGCCUUCUCCUCAAUCCUAAGCCUACUUGCUUCGAUUUUCCUUCCACUCCUUCCCUGCCCUACUCACUCUGCUGUCAACCUAUCUAUACAGGGUCAAUUGCUGUCCCUUCCUCUCGAAUCAAUUGGUUUGCAGCCAGCAAUUCCGUUGUCUCGCUUACCGGCUGAAGGGGCGCACUUCCGCUCUUCCGGCCGAAGCGAUCCAGUGACACCACCACCACCAUCACCGCCUUUCCUUCUGCCGGUUAGCCCGCCUUUCUUACCUUUCUUCUCCGAACAUCUCCUCACCAACUUCCUCUAAAUCGAUAGAGGAUUUUUCUUUACCAUGGCCAGUCCGACUGCUCUCACGAUAGCCCCUGGUCCGGGUCCAGCGCCGCUGGCUCCCGCACUGGCUGCCAAGCCAGCUAUCUCACCGUCUCCUGGUCCGGGCACACCCGGCUCCGUCACCUCCAAGGAAUGGGUGAUUCCUCCUCGCCCCAAACCUGGUCGCAAGCCGGCCACCGACACUCCACCCACCAAACGCAAGGCCCAGAAUCGAGCCGCUCAGAGAGCGUUCCGCGAACGUCGAGCCGCCCGCGUCAACGAGCUCGAGGAUCAGAUCAAGAAAAUCGAAGAUGAGCACGAGAUUCAUAUCGCUGCCUUCAAGGACCAGAUUGCAAGCCUGUCCAGCGAUGUCGAACAAUGUCGAAGUGAGAUGGCUUGGUGGCGCGACCGAUGCCAUGCCUUGGAGAAGGAGGUUUCUGUCGAACGGAGUGCGAAGGAGACUCUGGUGCGAGAGUUCCGGACAACUCUUACCGACAAGAGCUCCGACAAGGCUCCUCUGACCCGAAUCGCUGCGAGAAACCCGACCGAAGACCGAGCGGCCAGUGAUCGCGGGUUGCCGACCGGCAGGUCUACCGCCGUGGUUGAAGAACCACGGGAGGAGGUUCCGUUGGGCUGCGGGGAUUGCUCCUCUGUCCACUGUCAGUGUAUUGAGGAUGCUUUUGCCAUUCCGGGAGUUGAGACUCGGUCUUCGCUGGGCAAGCGGCCUGGCAGUCCUAGUCUCACACGACCCGAACCCGAGAUCAAACCGGAGCCUGAGGAGAUGGAGAUCGACUUCACCACGCGGUUCGCCGCACCGCAUACUAUUCAAGACGACCAUAGCACCUCCGUCUCAUCGCCAGCUGUAGACCCCUGCGGGUUCUGCCAGGAUGGAACACCCUGUAUUUGCGCCGAGAUGGCGGCCCAGGAGGAAGAGCGUCGAAGGAACUCUUUUGAGAACAAUCGGCUGGCGCCCAUUCAGAACCUAUCUCAAUUCACACCACCCCCAUCGGAAGGCGACGUUCGGUCCGACGUCACGCUACCCCCAAUCAGUCAGGCCACAAAUCCGUGUGCCAAUGGGCCGGGAACAUGCGCGCAAUGUCAGUCCGAUCCACGCCGGACCCUUUUUUGCAAGACGCUGGCGGCCUCCCGCUCCGCCAGCGCUGCCUCCUCCGGUUGCUGCGGCGGUAAGGGCGCCGAUGGCGGGUGCUGCAUGUCUCGCGGGGGCAACCCUCCCCAACCCACUGCCAGUUCGCGUCGCUCCAACACGCCCUCCUUAACCCUCUCCUGUGCUGAUGCCUUUACCACCCUCUCCCGGCAUCCUAAUUUCUCUCGAGCAAGUGACGAUAUCUCCGCCUGGCUCCCUAAACUCCACACCCUCCCCAAACCCCAGGAGGUAGCUCCGCCCGGCUCCCGAGCGGCCCUCGAAGUCGAGGCUGCCAGCGUCAUGGGCGUCUUGCGAUACUUUGAUCGACGGUUCGCCGAUAAAUAGAUGGCGGACGAACCCUUCUUUCUUCACUUAUCUGCACUUGUCUUUUUAUUCUCAGUGAUACCCAACACCCGAUUCAUGAAUGUUUGAGUUUGUAUUAUACAAGACUAUACACUCCCGAACCUCUUACCUCUGUCUCCUCCCUCCAUCCUCCUCCCUAACGAAUCUCUCCCCCUG